AUGUUGUACAAUUUGCAUCCCGUUCCCACUGUCUCCUGUCAUCAGGCUGUCGAUAAUUUCAUCCAAUUUUUAAACGGUUUUACGGGGGGUGUAGUUCUAGCUGCACAUAACUGUUUUAGAUUCGAUGCACCAUUGCUACUGCGUUUAGUUUCUGAAGUUGGAAUGCUCAAUCAAUUUUCUAAAGUGGUGAAAGGAUUUAUUGAUACAUUGAUUGUGUUGAAAAAAUGCUUGAUAGACCGAACCGCAGCUAAAGAAAGCUUCAAACUGACUGCAUUGGCUGAAAAAUUUAUAAAUGCUGAUUUCACAAAAGAAAUGCACAAUGCAUUGAUUGAUGCCAAAGUUUUGGAAAGUUUAAUACACCAUCCGUUAAUUGAUAUUGCUGCUAACGAUCUUCUCAAAAGUGCUGUCACUGUAAAUAAUAUUUGUAUGCGAGAACAAAGAAGUAUUGAAUGCAAACUGAAAAAAUCAUCGUUGAACGUUUUAUUAGCAGAAAAAGAUGAGCAUGGUAAAAGUUCUAAAGUGGAAGGUGCUAGUGCAAGGGUUGCGAUCUUGCUAGGCCAGAGUGUCGAUGGAAAAGCACGAGUAACGACAUCGAAAAAAAUUGUGGAUGCCAUCGUCAAAAGAUUGGUAAUACUAACAGCACAAUAA